AUGGCAGCUGUCGACGACAUACCUCGACACACUAUCGCGACUCGCGGAGACCGCCUGUGCAUCUUUGUUACAGUUGGUACGACCCGCUUCGACUCGCUCAUCCGUGCCGUUCUCUCGCACGCCUUUCUGGACGCUAUUGCUGAGCUCGUGCCUCAAUCGCCAUCCAGAAGGGCUGCUCAAGCUCAAGUGAUUGUGCAGUAUGGAAACUCGCCGAUUGCCGACAUUUUGACAUCUUCUGCACUGGCGACCGUGGACGAAGGAAGCGGCAUCGUGCCGGAACCAGGCAUACGCAUCGUCAAUGGUCGACGAGUCUAUCAAAACAGUCCCAAUAUUGCCGGCCUGGAUCCUGGCAAGACCGGUACGAUCUCUGGAUUGCGCCUUCGAACUACGCCGCAAGACACCAACCGCUCUCAUCCGGAUAUGGUCCAAGAUGCCAGAAGUGCAGGCACGAGCAUCUUUCAAAGCAUGCUCAACGAGGCAAAAGCCAUGCAGGGCUUGGGCAGCAAGGUAACAGACUCGGCCCUCCAAGGCGCCACACUGCAAGCUGAAACAGAGCGCGGCAUCGAGCUGCAGCUUUUCGCAUUCGCUCCAGACCUCAAAUCGUACAUCCAAUCCGCUGACCUUGUUAUCAGUCACGCUGGAUCAGGCACUAUCCUCGAUACGUUAAGGAUGCGACCCAGACCGCCAGGAUUGGUGGUGGUGCCCAACACAUCGCUGAUGGACAAUCACCAGGUCGAACUGGCAGAAGCGUUAGGCAAAGACAAUUUUCUCAUCGCGGGGUCAGAGGCGACCCUGCCCAACGACGUUGUUCGAGCGUGCGACACCACUUGUGAUGCAUUCCCCGAAUUCGAUGCUUCCCGAUUCGCGACGAUUGUAGAUGAAACAGUGGACUGCUAG